CGGUUCUACAUUGGCAAAGUGCUUGACUUGUACAGGAAAGGUGCCAACAGUCAUUAUGGUUCCAUUCAAUCCAUGACGAGUGUCUCCACAUUGUCCUUUCUCUCACUUCGAGUUUACCUUCCACUGGAGACUGCAGCUGCUGCUUCUAAUGCCGACGACAUGCUCUAUGAAGACGAAGAUGUGUCGCCCAAUGCUGUCCCAUCAUUUUCCCGUCUUCCCAGCUGCUACCAGUACGAGACCCAUACACAUGCUCCUGCAAGCAGCAUUCUCUAUCACAUUGGC